GAGAGUGUGUGUGUGUGUGAGUGUGAGAGUGCAUGUGUGUGUGUGUGUGUGUGUGUGUGAGAGAGAGAGAGAGAGAGAGCGAGAGAGAGAGAGUGUGUGUGUGAGUGUGUGUGUGUGUGUGUGUCUGAGACGCCGCGUACUGCCCGGGUGGUAAUGCUGAGACAGACAGUGGGGUUAUUUUUGGAUCAGUGACAGUGUGUCAAUGGCCGCAGAUGCGUCGCAACGGACAGCUCUAAGGUACCAGCAUACCCUGCUAUAUGGAGAGUACCGAGAGCACCUGGGAAGUUCUGCGCGGAUCGAAGCCGCUCGCCUGCUGACAGAGAAAGAAUGGAAGAAACACGCCGAUAAGUCGUCUCCAGCAGGGCGUGCCGGCGACCCGCGCCAUCCUGCUGCCCUGGAAACUGGAGCCCCUCCCCCUGAACAGGCCCACAAUGCACCGGCGAAGAAGCCCCAUCCUUGCUCGAAAUGUCAAGACUGUGUGGCACGGGUACAGAGGUACAUUGUGACAAAGCUGGGAGAAGACUGGAUCUUCUUAGUGCUGCUGGGUAUCAGUAUGGCACUGGUGAGCUGGAGCAUGGAUUAUGCCAGUGCCAAGAGCCUUCAAGUGUAUAAGUGGAUGCACAGCCAGCUACAUGGCAAUGUUCCCCUGCAGUACCUGGCCUGGGUCGCCUAUCCCAUGAUGCUCAUCUUGUUUUCCUCCCUGUUCUGCCAGCUGGUCGCCCCGCAGGCCAUCGGUUCUGGAAUACCAGAACUGAAGACCAUCCUCAGAGGGGUGGUACUGAAGGAAUAUUUGACUCUAAAGGCCUUUGUGGCCAAGGUCAUCGGCCUGACCGCUGGACUCGGCAGUGGGAUACCUGUGGGGAAAGAGGGCCCGUUUGUACACAUUGCCAGUAUCUGUGCAGCCGUGCUCAGCAAAUUCAUGUCCUUCUUCUCCGGUGCCUACCAGAACCCGUAUUGCUACACAGACAUCCUCACGGUGGGCUGCGCUGUCGGGGUGGGCUGCUGCUUCGGCACUCCUCUGGGAGGGGUGCUAUUCAGUAUUGAAGUCACAUCCACGUACUUUGCCGUAAGAAAUUACUGGAGGGGAUAUUUUGCUGCCACUUUCAGCGCGUUCAUAUUCCGAGUGCUGUCUGUGUGGAAUAAAGAUGCUGUUACCAUCACUGCUCUUUUCCGCACCAAUUUCCGGAUGGAUUUCCCCUUUGAUCUGCAGGAGUUACCAGCAUUCGCCAUCAUUGGAAUUUCGUGUGGAUUUCUGGGAGCCUUCUUUGUCUAUCUGAAUCGCCAAGUGGUUCUGGUUAUGAGGAUGGAGAAUGCACUGACCAGCUUUCUGACAAAACAUCGACUGGUUUUUCCAGCUUUCGUGACCUUUGUGAUUGCAACUUUGACCUUUCCUCCAGGAUUUGGCCAGUUCAUGGCUGGAGAGUUGAUGCCCAGAGAGUGCAUCAAUUCUCUCUUUGAUAAUUUCACCUGGACCAAAAUCUCAGGUUUCCCUCUUCCUCCUGGCCUGGGGCGUUCGGCAGCCUGGCUGCACCCUCAAGUCAGUGUCUUUGUUAUCCUCCUUGUCUUCUUCGUCAUGAAGUUCUGGAUGUCUGCUGUUUCAACAACUAUGCCUAUCCCUUCCGGUGCCUUCAUGCCAGUCUUUGUGUUGGGAGCCGCUUUCGGCCGGUUGGUGGGAGAGAUCAUGGCCACCCUCUUCCCCAACGGGAUCCUGUUUGACGGGAUUGUUUACCGCAUCCUGCCGGGAGGGUACGCUGUCAUUGGAGCAGCUGCUAUGACAGGGGCAGUGACUCACACCGUCUCCACUGCAGUGAUCUGCUUUGAGCUGACGGGACAGAUCUCUCACAUCCUGCCUAUGAUGGUGGCGGUGAUCCUGGCCAACAUGGUGGCCCAAGGCCUGCAGCCCUCACUCUAUGACUCAAUCAUCCAGGUCAAGAAACUGCCCUAUCUGCCCGAGCUUGGCUUUGGACACAUCAGUCAGUACAACAUCUUUGUGGAGGACAUUAUGGUGAGGAAAGUGCGAUUCCUGUCUUCACGGUCAACAUACAGAGAGCUGAACAACCUUCUACAGUCCACAUCACUCAAAACUAUUCCACUAGUUGAAUCCAAAGAGUCGAUGAUCCUUUUGGGCUCCAUUGAGCGGUCUGAACUGCAGGCUGUCUCUGAUUGGUGGCUCUCCGCAGAAAGGCGGAUCCUCAGCCAACAGCCUAGUGUGCAAGGUCAUGGUGGGAGUUCAAAGCAAACCCGGGAAUCGUUUGCCUUAGUGGAUGAGAAAGGAGGUGAAGAGAAUGGAGAGGUUCGUGAAAAAAACCUCCCACUGCAGGAUGAGAGAAAUGGGCCUGUUCUAUCUGCCACACCCCAAGAGCCAUCCUCCAAUCACACAACUUCCGACAAUCACUCCCUGAAGACGGUAAGAAAAGCCCUGCAUGGUCUGUUCUCUUCUCCUGCUGACAGGACGUCUGAAGUAGAAACGCAGGAGCCUGCACCUCCUCCCCUUAGAGAUACGAUGACACCAGAAGAGAUCAAGGCCUGGGAAGAGGCCGAAAUGGAUAAACCAAUGGGCUUUGAUCAGAUACGCAUUGACCCCUCUCCUUUCCAGCUCGUUGAGAGAACAUCCCUUCACAAGACUCAUACCCUGUUCUCCUUGCUGGGUCUCAGCCAUGCCUAUGUCACCAGUAUUGGGAAACUGGUGGGAGUAGUGGCCCUGAAGGAGCUGCAAAAAGCCAUCGAGGGCUCCACUCGCAGCGGUGUAAGGUUACGCCCCCCCUUGGCCAGUUUCCGGGACGGGAGUCGGAAAUCUUUGAAGCCGCCGCAAACUUCUUCUGCCCCAUCCUCCCCAGCACGAGAGAGGGACCGAGAGGUACGGAGGGAAGGAAACAGGGAAAUGAAGGAGGGUGAAGGGAAUGGUGCCUGGAGCACUGUGGACGGUGGGACACGGUACAACAACAGCAACAGCAGCCGAGGGACAGUUAGUGCCACCUUCUCUCCCCCUUCCCCCACGCCCAUCAUCCUCUCAUCCUUUGAUUCUGUUUUUGAACAAGAGGAAGAUGAAAAUAGAGAGAGUGAAGAAGAGCCCAUUUAAUUGAAGAUUUUGCAUUUGAUAUUUUUUAAGGACUCCUUUCCUCACAAACCCUUUCACCAGCGUGUGGACAUUCAUAAUGGCUUACAAUCUGGAUAACACAGUUCUGUUUUUUUUUGCAGAAAGUGCAUAAAAGAAGGACAUAGAUUCUCACAGGGUGAUUUUCAUAAUAAUGCAAACAAGAUGUGCAACACUGUGCUCAUUCUGUGUCAAUUUAUUGGUUUACCAUGAUCAAAUUGAACUAUGUGACUGAUUGUAGUGGAUGCAAUUAUAUGGCUGAAACUCAAAUGGGUUGCAUUCAAAAUGGCUGACAGCAGUAGCAAAGUGAAAUCUAAGAGCAGUCUUAACAGAAAUAACAAAUGUGAUAAAAGCUCUGUCAUAGCAGGGGCAGAUCCAUUGGGGGUUCACACGGUUCACUUGAACCACUCAGGACCCCUGUCACCCCCGUCGAGUAAAGUCAUGCUGUAAGCUGAAAUUUAAAAGUGUUAUAUUUCUGAACUAAAUAUAACAACACCCUAACCCUCCCCCACAACCCAAGAAGUCCUGUAUCAGCUCAAGACAUGCACACAGAAACUCCAUGAAAAUAAAUUUUAAAAAAAGCAAAGACCUGACCUAAAAAGGCAAGCAAGGGAGGAAAAAAGCUGCCUACAUUCCCAAAAGAGGCACAGCAGCUGGAGAACAUCUCUGCUGAGUUAGUUCAAAUCCAGUUCAGCUUGCACCUUUUGUAAGCUGGUAUUGCUAAAAGCUGAAUGCAUACACUAUAAGUAGUCAACCAGUCAACCAGUGAAUGUAACUUUGUAUUUCUCACCCAAUUACAGAAACAUGGUGCACAGUGGUGCAGUGGGUAGCCCUGUUGCCUCACAGCAAGAAGGUCUUUGGUUCAAAUCCCUCUAUGUGUGGAAUUUUCAUGUUCUCCCCAUGUCUGCGUGGGUUUCCACCGGGUAAUUUGGUUUCCUCCCAUAGUCCAAAGACAUGCAGGUAGGCUAAUUGAAGAGUCUAAAUUGCCCCUAGGUAUGAGUGUGUGAGUGAAUGGUGUGCGUCCCGUGAUGGACUGGCGAACUUUCAAGUGUGUAUUCCUGCCUGUCCCCCAAUGCAUGCUGGGAUAGGCUGCAGCACCUCCUGCGAUCCUGAUCAGCAAUAAGCAGGUACAGAUAAUGGACAGACUAGCUCACAUAUACAUAGCCAGCUUCCGCUUCCAUCUAUAGCCGAACUGCUUAGUCAUUUCUGGAAAUAGCCCCACAGAUGGAGCAGGCAGGACAGAGGAGGGGCUUUUGCACUAUGAGGUGGGAGGUACCCUGCUGACCGAAACCUCUCCCCUCCCUGAGGAACGUCAUCCUGUGGGGCCACCAGCCACAGUCGUAGCCUGCAUGGUCAAGACCAGAUUCCUGACCAUUAGACGUGCCACUUCACUGAGAUCAAUAGUUGGUCCAGCCCUCCAAACAGCCAGUAAUUUUCACAUAAGAUUGGCAUGCACAUUGCAUUGUAAAUGGAACUCAAAGGCCUGUUGGGAAACAGCCUGUGGUCUUUUGAAAGUCACCUUAUUUUUGUAUCCCCGUGUGGUUUAGCCGACCAUAUUAUUUCUUUCUCUCUGUGUUCUCAGGUUUUUUCCCUAUGUCUUUAAAUGUUUAAAUAAUUAACAGAAGGUAUCUUCGUAUAGAAUGUUGAUCUCUGCAUCAUUUUGUCUGUAAUGUUAAAUGCAGUAUUGCUUGCCUAUCUAUUCAGCAGCAUUUAUGUAUAUUUGUGGUUCUCUUUCCUUGUUAAUGUUCAUGUAUUAAAUAACUGAAGAUAUGUGAAAUGAUGAACAAAUGUAGCUGACUGAUACAAAACAUUGAGGAAAACUGUCUUCAUUUUACAGAUAAUUUAAUAAACUACCUAAUAAUAAAUGCAUUUAAAUCAAAAUGCACUGAUCAGUGAAUAUUGAAAUCCUUUAUUUUAUUUUUUCAAGGUUGAAUAAAUUAUGUCCUAUUGUGGAAUAGAUUUCCCAAUUUGUUAAUACUGCACUAAAGCGGGAAAUGGAGAUUUGUAGCAUUUGUAUCAUCUCUAUAGAAUUUUGUGUAUUUCACAGGGAUUUUGUUCUACCAUAAAAACAAAAAAUGUAAAAUGUGCAAUAAUCCCCAAUCUCUUUCAAAAAGAGAUCACAAUCUGCUUUUUAAUAUAAUCCAGUGUCGUUUAUAACUAAAAAUAUGUUAAUAUUGAGUACACAAUAGCAUCCACAUAAGACAUAAUCAAUUCAAAUAGAAUAACAAACUACGAAUGGGAGAUUCCUGUAUAAAUGGACAGUUGGACACACCUUUUUAAUAAGCAAAAGCAUCCUAAUCAAUUUUGCCUUAAUUAUUAUGCUGUCUUACCUUUUACACAUCCAUCAUGUUUGUAUUUACGGCUAAGUGGAUUUUAAAAACCAAUUAAACCAGUUUGAUAUUGAUUGAGAGGGGUCCAUAUAUUUCACCUAUAUUUUCUUUAUUGAUGUUCUCCUGUUUAAAAUAACAAAUAGAGUUUAUGCAUGACUUUGACUUACUCUCUCCACCCCCACCCAGCCCCCAAUAAAUAAACCUAUAUAACAUUUGCA